CGUUCUCUUGGUUUUUCAUUCAGGGACUUCACUUCUACCUGAGCCUCAAUGCAGUCAACAUGAGGACCAGAAAGUACAAACUAGCAUUCAUUGCCUUGGGAUGGGGAUUUCCAGCUUUGGUUGUCAUUGUGAUUGCAGCUUUUGGGAACUACACAUAUCUGACUAAUGUACAAAUGUGCUGGAACAGAAAUAUAUACAUUCAUUAUAUAGUGAAUGUUGGCUACUAUGCACUGGUUUUCAUCUUCACAUUAAUAAUCUUUAUUAUGAUCGUCCGAAAGAUUACUCAAGCAAGAUUUAUGAAAAAUAACGCUGUCAAAGCAGCAUCAAAAAAAAUUGCAGCGAUCUUUAGUCUUACUGUUCUGCUGGGCCUGACUUGGGGUGUGGCCUUCUUCAGCUAUGGAGCUAUGGCUAUUGCAUCUUACUACAUCUUCAGCAUCCUUAAUUCUUUCCAAGGUUUCUUCCUGUUUCUCUACUACUACUACUUUCGAAAUGAUGACCUAGAGCUCAAUCAAUCUGCAUCCAGCACAGCUCUAUCUUUGCAAAAACCGACCAACGUUAGUUCCACAAUGACGUCAGAACCUGAAACUGAGACGGAAUACAACUAGGAUGCGUCUGACUGGUGACUCCCACCUCAUGAAAAUGACGGACAAAACCAAAAACUAAAAAUAAAACACAGGCACACACACAUAAGUGGUGUUUUCUGCAACAAAUAGGUAAUUUUUUGAGCUUCAAAAAUACUUAAUGAGUGGCACAAUCUGGGACAGCAUGUGUUUAACAAAGUAUGCUGGCAUUAUAUUCACUACUGAAAUAGACUAGUUUCUGUAGUUACAACUGUGGUCAGGCUAACAUGCAGAAUACUGCACACUUCAGAAUGACUUUAUUCUAAAUAAAGAUUUUGCAUGGAUUAUUUAUACAGUAUGUAAAGUUAAAUAUGGGGUUUAUUCAGUUUCAGCAUCUAAUAUUUUAUUGCAGCAGGAUCAUUAAGGUAAUUAUUAGGUAGUCAUAAGGUAAUUAUUAAUGUAAUCUAAUUUAUAAGAACUUGUUUUCUAAUUUUGUAUUUUAGUUUGCAGGAUUUAACAACAGCUGUUGAGGAUAACAGAGACAGUGAUCUAUGAAUGCAGUAGUAUAUGUACUAUCUACAUUUGUAAUAUUAGUUUGUUCAGCCCUUACAGAAAAGUCACAUAUAUUUCUCCUGUCUAAAAACCAAGUAAACACACGUGAAUGGUGUGUGAUCACAUGUGACAUAAAUUUUUUUCCACAUGAAUAUUUUUUCACAUAGAAUCAGAUGGUUUCACAUGAUCACAUGCUUUUUCACAUGUGAUCAUGUUGUCACAUGUGAUCACAGAAUUCUUUCACGUGAACACAUUUUUUCAUGGGAAUCAUAUUGUCUCCCAUGUGAUCCCCCUUUUUUUUACGCGAACACAUUUUCAAAUUUUUCCAUGUGAUGAUGUUUUUUUUUCCACAUGUGAACA